AUGUUAGUAGUGGCACAAGCUGGACCGCAGUUGACAAGGCAUGAGCGAGAAACAGCACUGAUCCUCUCCUGGAUGCAAUUUCCAGUCUCAACGCCUAUUUGCGUGACAAACUGCAACAGCUCUUAUACGGCCACGAUUCAGAUGUUAGGCUCGAAUGGCUCUUUAGGUCGCAGUUGUACAUAUGCGCAUUCGAGCAAGGAGAUCUGCCAUGUAGGGGUGCUGUGUGCCAUCUUGGCAGCAGGACAGGCUUUCAACAAGUCCACCGAAGCACUAUUCUUGACAGUCAUCGGUACAGUUCGACAGCUUAACAUACGAGCACAUACUUGGCAUCAGCUGGUUGUACAUCCCUUGUUCCUGUACUACCAAGGCCACUCUACGAUAUACUUGGGAAGACACGUACUGGUCGGUCGAUACGACUUACACCUCAGGGACUGUCACAGCAGUCGAAACCGCAACAGAAACAGUCUACCCCCCCCCCCCCCCACAACAUCUGUCCUAGCUGCCUGCAACACCGCCAACGUAACCCACCCCUACAACGGCUACUGGCUCCGUGAGCCGCCAUCCUGGUUCUGCGACGCCAACUACACAGAACAGCAAAUCUGGUCCUGGAACCCUGAGCCAGUCAACUCAGCUGAUAAGUGCUGUGUACGCGCCGUCGUGGAUCUCAAGACGAUUUUGUGGAGGUGGUCGGGCUGGGACGAUGGCUGUGAGAUCUGGAAGGAUGAUGUGGAGAGCUGUCCGGCUGCGGCUGGGUUUAAUGGGACGAAUGGGGAGAAGGUGAGCGUCGAUGUGUAUUAUGAACCGAUUGCGGAUCUGGGGUAUUGGAGCAGUUUUGACGUGGGGAAUUGGGCUUGUGGAAAUAUUGGGGUUGUGUCUUUGUGGGAUCUAGAUUCGGACACCGCAGAGUUCCAACAAUUGAUUCAGCAGAGUAUUUUGAUCUAUCUGCUAUCGUUUAAACCCCGCGAUUCUGAUGAUGAUGCGGCGUACUGGUUUCAGAAUCAACGUGCUCGAGAGCGAGCUUUUACUGUUUAA